AUGAAGACAGACUACAAGUUCUCCAAUCUUUUGGGGACGGUCUACCGCAAGGGCAACCUGCUCUUUACUCCCGAUGGCACCUGCUUGCUCUCGCCAGUAGGCAAUCGCGUCUCGGUCUUUGAUCUUGUGCACAACACCUCCUAUACCCUUCCUUUUUCCCACCGCAAGAACAUCGUUCGCCUCGACCUUACGCCGCGAGGAAAUCUUCUACUCACUGUCGACGAGGAUGGUCGAGCUAUCCUGACCAAUUUCCACCGUCGCAUUGCGAUUCACCACUUUACCUUCAAGGGUAAGGUGUCAGCCCUCAAGUUUUCUCCAUCGGGGCGACACUUUGCCGUGGCUGUGGGUAGACGCCUGCAACUCUGGCAGACCCCCUCGAAUCCCGGUACCGAAACCAAUGGCGAGAUCGAGUUCGCUCCCUUCGUUCUACACCGUGACCUCGCUGGACACUUUGACGACAUCCAGAACAUUGAGUGGUCGAGUGACUCCCGGUUCCUACUUACUGCAUCCAAGGACUUGACGGCGCGUGUAUGGAGUCUAGAUCCCGAGGAUGGGUUUGAGCCCACGACCUUGUCUGGGCACAGAUAUGGAGUUGUCUGCGCAUGGUUUGAUGCCAAUCAGGAAUUGAUCUACACAGUCAGUCAGGAUGGUGCACUUUUCCGUUGGGAGUACCUCACGAAGAAGGAUUUCGAAACGGGCGAGGAUAUUGCAUCGGCUCGAUGGAGGAUCACUAAAAAGAACUUCUUCAUGCAAAACGAUGCCAAAGUCAACUGCGCCGCGUUCCACGCGAAAUCCAAUUUGUUGGUUGUUGGCUUCUCCAAUGGCCUGUUUGGGCUUUAUGAUCUACCAGAGUUCAACACAAUUCACCUUCUCAGUGUCUCUCAGAGCAACAUUGAUGUGGUGACGAUCAACCAAUCUGGAGAGUGGCUUGCCUUUGGAUCGUCCAAGUUCGGCCAGUUGCUAGUCUGGGAGUGGCAGUCCGAGUCGUACAUUUUGAAGCAGCAGGGUCAUCUCGACUCCAUGAACUCAAUUUGCUAUUCGCCGGAUGGGCAAAAGAUUGUUACGACUGCCGACGACGGUAAGAUCAAGGUGUGGGAUGUCAAAUCAGGCUUCUGCAUUGUGACAUUCACCGAGCACCAGAGCGGAGUGACCGCUUGUCAGUUUGCUAAGAAGGGUAAUGUCUUGUUCACUGCAUCCCUGGAUGGUUCGAUUCGCGCGUGGGAUUUGAUCCGGUAUCGCAAUUUCCGCACCUUUACUGCGCCCACCCGUCUCUCGUUCUCCUCCUUGGCGGUGGACCCUAGUGGCGAAGUCGUGUGCGCCGGCUCGCUCGACGAUUUCGAUAUUCACGUGUGGUCCGUCCAAACCGGACAAUUGCUCGAUCAGCUCACCGGCCACGAGGCCCCCGUGUCCAGCCUUGCCUUUGCCGGUGAUGGUAACCACCUGGUUAGCGGUAGCUGGGAUCACACAGUCCGAGUUUGGAGCAUCUUCGGCCGCGCCCAGACCAGUGAACCCCUCCAGCUCCAGUCUGACGUUCUGAGCGUCUCUUUCCGACCUGAUGGCUUGCAGAUCGCAGCCUCUACGCUCGAUGGACAGCUAUCCUUCUGGAACGUCUUCGAAGCCAUUCAAGAAGGCGGCCUUGACGGACGUCGUGAUGUCUCUGGCGGUCGGAAACUAUCCGAUAGGCGCACUGCUGCCAAUUCAGCGGGAACCAAGUCCUUCAACCGUAUUACCUACAGUGCCGACGGUAGCUGUAUCCUUGCAGCUGGCAACAGCAAGUAUAUCUGCUUGUACGACGUGACGACCGGAUCGCUUAUCAAGAAGUUCACGGUCUCAGUCAACACGUCUCUGGACGGUACCCAGGAGUUCUUGAACAGCCGAGACCUUACCGAGGCUGGACCACGCGGCCUCCUGGACGAGUCUGGUGAGAUGUCGGACAAGGAAGAUCGCAUCGACCGUUCCCUCCCUGGCGCGCAUCGUGGUGAUCCUGGCGUGCGCAGCGUCCGACCGGAAGUGCGGGUGACGUCGGUUGAUUUCGCCCCAAGUGGUCGCUCUUUCUGUGCGGCCUCCACGGAGGGUCUCCUCAUCUACAGUCUGGACACAGACUUUGUCUUUGAUCCAUUUGAUCUGGACAUUACCAUCACUCCGGCGACCAUUCUAGCCACUCUUGAUGCCGCCAAGGCGGCUGCAGCAUCCAACACCGUUGACGACGAGAACACAUUCCUCAAGGCCAUUAUCAUGGCCUUCCGUCUAAACGAAUCGAAGCUUCUACGUGCUGUGUACGAAGCUAUCCCUCCGUCCGAUAUUCCGCACGUGGUGCGGUCCGUGCCAACUGUCUAUCUGCCCCGCCUGCUUCGCUUUGUCGCACACGCGGCCGAUGAGACCCCUCAUCUCGAAUUCAAUUUGCUGUGGAUCGAGUCUCUAUUCAGCUGCCACGGUCGUUACCUUAAGGACAACUCGGGGACUUUUGCGCCCGAGUUGCGCGCGGUUCAGCGUGCUGUUGACGAGAUUCGGGAGAACCUUAAGCGACUCACGGAGAAGAACGUUUAUGACCUGAACUACCUCCUGUCUAAGCCUGUGCUCGCCGAUAAGAAGCCAUCCACGUCCCUGCUUGCACUGGAUAAUGGUGACGCCGACGAAGUUGACGACCAAAUGGUCGAAGCUGACGACGAUGAUGAAGGUUCAUGGGUCGGUCUGGAAUGA